GGCGGCGGAGUCGGGUGCGGCGGCGGCGGCGGCGGCGGCGGCGGCGGCGGCUGGGCCGGGCGAGGUCCGGUGCGGGUCCGGCGGCUCCGCGGCUGCUCCGCUCUGAGCGCCUGGCUGGCGCGCCCCGCGCCCUCCCUGCCGGGGCCGCCGGGCCGGGGGAUGCGCGCGGCGCCCGGGAGCCAUGGUCCGCUUCGGGGACGAGCUGGGCAGCCGCUAUGGGGGCGCCGGUGGGGAGCGGGCUCGGGGCGGCGGGGCCGGCGGGGCGGGCGGCCCGGGCCCCGGGGGGCUGCAGCCGGGCCAGCGGGUCCUCUACAAGCAGUCGAUCGCGCAGCGCGCGCGGACUAUGGCGCUCUACAACCCCAUCCCGGUCAAGCAGAACUGCUUCACCGUCAACCGCUCGCUCUUCGUCUUCAGCGAGGACAACGUCGUCCGCAAAUACGCCAAGCGCAUCACCGAGUGGCCUCCAUUUGAAUACAUGAUCCUGGCCACCAUCAUCGCCAACUGUAUUGUGCUGGCACUGGAGCAGCACCUGCCUGACGGGGACAAGACACCCAUGUCUGAGCGGCUGGAUGACACGGAGCCCUACUUCAUUGGCAUCUUCUGCUUUGAGGCGGGGAUCAAGAUCAUAGCUCUGGGCUUCGUCUUCCACAAGGGCUCCUACUUGCGGAACGGCUGGAACGUCAUGGACUUCGUGGUGGUUCUCACAGGGAUCCUGGCCACAGCGGGCACUGACUUCGACCUGAGGACCCUGCGGGCCGUGCGUGUGCUCAGGCCCCUGAAGCUGGUGUCUGGGAUUCCGAGUCUGCAGGUGGUGCUCAAGUCCAUAAUGAAGGCCAUGGUCCCGCUUCUGCAGAUUGGGUUGCUUCUCUUCUUUGCCAUCCUCAUGUUUGCCAUCAUUGGCCUCGAGUUCUACAUGGGAAAAUUCCACAAGGCCUGUUUCCCCAACAGCACAGAUCCAGAGCCAGUGGGUGACUUUCCCUGUGGCAAGGAGGCCCCAGCCCGGCUGUGUGAGGGCGACACCGAGUGCCGGGAGUACUGGCCGGGACCCAACUUUGGCAUCACCAACUUUGACAAUAUCCUGUUUGCCAUCUUGACAGUGUUCCAGUGCAUCACCAUGGAGGGAUGGACUGACAUCCUUUAUAACACAAAUGAUGCAGCCGGCAACACCUGGAACUGGCUCUACUUCAUCCCUCUCAUCAUCAUCGGCUCCUUCUUCAUGCUCAACCUGGUGUUGGGUGUGCUCUCAGGAGAGUUUGCCAAGGAGCGUGAGAGGGUCGAGAACCGCCGGGCCUUCCUGAAGCUCCGCCGGCAGCAGCAGAUUGAGCGGGAGCUCAAUGGGUACCUGGAAUGGAUCUUCAAGGCUGAGGAAGUCAUGCUGGCUGAGGAGGACAAGAAUGCGGAGGAGAAGUCCCCUCUGGAUGCAGUGUUGAAGAGAGCAGCCACCAAGAAGAGCCGGAAUGACCUGAUCCAUGCCGAGGAGGGGGAGGACCGGUUUGCAGACCUCUGUGCCGUUGGAUCCCCCUUCGCCCGCGCCAGCCUCAAGAGUGGGAAGACAGAGAGUUCGUCAUACUUCCGUAGGAAGGAGAAGAUGUUCCGGUUCUUCAUCCGCCGCAUGGUGAAGGCACAGAGCUUCUACUGGGUGGUGCUGUGUGUGGUGGCCCUGAAUACGCUGUGCGUGGCCAUGGUUCACUACAACCAGCCGCAGCGGCUCACCACGGCGCUGUACUUUGCAGAGUUUGUUUUCCUGGGUCUCUUCCUCACAGAGAUGUCCCUGAAGAUGUAUGGCCUGGGGCCCAGAAGCUACUUCCGGUCCUCAUUCAACUGCUUCGACUUUGGGGUCAUUGUGGGGAGCAUCUUUGAAGUGGUCUGGGCCGCCAUCAAGCCGGGAACCUCCUUCGGGAUCAGCGUGCUGCGGGCACUCCGGUUGCUGCGGAUCUUCAAAGUCACAAAGUACUGGAGCUCCCUGCGGAACCUGGUGGUGUCUCUGCUCAACUCCAUGAAGUCUAUCAUCAGCCUCCUUUUCCUGCUGUUCCUGUUCAUCGUGGUCUUUGCCCUGCUGGGCAUGCAGCUGUUCGGGGGACAGUUCAACUUUCAAGAUGAGACCCCGACAACCAACUUUGACACCUUCCCCGCGGCCAUCCUUACCGUCUUCCAGAUCCUAACAGGAGAGGACUGGAAUGCAGUGAUGUAUCAUGGGAUCGAAUCGCAAGGUGGAGUCAGCAAAGGCAUGUUCUCCUCUUUUUAUUUCAUUGUCCUGACGCUGUUUGGAAAUUACACUCUGCUGAAUGUCUUCCUGGCCAUCGCCGUGGACAACCUCGCCAACGCUCAGGAGCUGACCAAGGAUGAAGAGGAGAUGGAAGAAGCAGCCAAUCAGAAGCUUGCUCUGCAAAAGGCCAAAGAAGUGGCUGAAGUGAGCCCCAUGUCUGCCGCAAACAUCUCUAUUGCUGCUGCUUUUGUAAAGCACACGCGAGGUGCUGCCUCUCACAGCUCAUCUGUCUCCAGCAUAAACUCACCCAGGCCGCAGAACUCGGCCAAAGCACGCUCGGUCUGGGAGCAGAGGGCCAGCCAGCUGCGGCUGCAGAACCUGCGGGCCAGCUGCGAGGCGCUGUACAGCGAGAUGGACCCCGAGGAGCGGCUGCGCUACGCCACCACGCGCCACCUGCGGCCGGACAUGAAGACGCACCUGGACCGGCCGCUCGUGGUGGAGCUGGGCCGCGACGGGCCGCGGGGCCCCCCGGGGGGCAAGGCCCGGCCCGAGGGCGCAGAGGCCGGCGAGGGCACGGACCCACCCCGCAGGCACCACCGGCACCGCGACAAGGCCCCGGCAGCGGCCCCGGCGGCGGCGGCGGCGGCGGCGGAGCAGGACAGGGCAGACGCCCCGAAGGCCGAGGGCGGGGAGUCCGGGGCCCGGGAGGAGCGGGCGCGGCCGCACCGCAGCCGCAGCAAGGAGGCCCGGAGCGAGCGCGGCCGCGGCCCGGGCCCCGAGGGCGGCCGGCGCCACCACCGGCGCGGCUCCCCGGAGGAGGCGGCCGAGCGGGAGCCCCGGCGCCACCGCGCCCACCGGCACGCACCCGACCAGGGCAAGGAGAGCGCCGCGCCCGGGACCAAGGGAGAGCGGCGAGCGCGCCACCGCGGCGGCCCCCGGGCCGGCCCCCGGGAGGCCGGCAGCGGCGAGGAGCCGGCGCGGCGGCACCGGGCCCGGCACAAGGCGCUGCCCGUGCACGAGGACGCGGAGAAGGAGGGCGAGGUCGAGGACAGGGACAAGGAGAAGGAGCUCCGGAACCAUCAGCCCAAGGAGCCACGCUGUGACCUGGAGGCCAGUGAGAUGAUGGGUGUGGGCCCUGUACAUGCACUGCCCAGCACCUGCCUACAGAAGGUGGAGGAACAGCCAGAAGAUGCAGACAAUCAGCGGAAUGUCACACGGAUGGGCAGUCAACCCUCGGACCUGAGUGCCACUGUGCAUAUCCCGGUGACGCUGACUGGCCCUCCUGGGGAGACCACGGUUGUUCCCAGUGGUAAUGUGGACCUGGAAAGCCAAGCUGAAGGGAAGAAGGAGGUAGAAGCCGAUGACGUGAUGAGGAGUGGCCCCCGACCUAUCGUCCCGUACAGCUCCAUGUUCUGCUUAAGUCCCACCAACCUGCUCCGCCGCUUCUGCCAUUACAUCGUGACCAUGCGGUACUUUGAGAUGGUCAUUCUUGUGGUCAUCGCCCUGAGCAGCAUUGCCCUGGCAGCCGAGGAUCCUGUGCGGACAGACUCGCCCAGGAACAACGCUCUGAAAUACAUGGACUACAUUUUCACAGGCGUCUUUACCUUUGAGAUGGUGAUAAAGAUGAUUGAUUUGGGACUGCUGCUGCACCCUGGGGCCUACUUCCGGGACCUGUGGAAUAUUCUGGACUUCAUCGUGGUCAGUGGGGCCUUGGUGGCAUUUGCCUUCUCGAGCUUCAUGGGAGGAUCCAAAGGGAAAGACAUCAACACCAUCAAGUCCCUGAGAGUCCUGCGUGUCCUGCGGCCCCUCAAGACCAUAAAACGGCUGCCUAAGCUUAAGGCCGUGUUUGACUGUGUGGUGAACUCCCUGAAGAACGUCCUUAACAUCCUGGUUGUCUAUAUGCUCUUCAUGUUCAUAUUUGCUGUCAUUGCGGUGCAGCUCUUCAAAGGGAAGUUUUUCUACUGCACGGAUGAGUCCAAGGGGCUGGAGAGGGACUGCCGGGGUCAGUAUUUGGAUUAUGAGAAGGAGGAAGUGGAAGCUCAACCACGGCAGUGGAAGAAAUACGAUUUUCACUAUGACAAUGUGCUCUGGGCUCUGCUGACACUGUUCACAGUGUCCACGGGAGAAGGGUGGCCCAUGGUCCUGAAACACUCUGUGGAUGCCACCUAUGAGGAGCAGGGCCCAAGCCCCGGGUACCGCAUGGAGCUAUCCAUCUUCUAUGUGGUCUACUUUGUGGUCUUCCCCUUCUUCUUCGUCAAUAUCUUUGUGGCCUUGAUUAUCAUCACCUUCCAGGAGCAGGGGGACAAGGUGAUGUCUGAGUGCAGCCUGGAGAAGAACGAGAGGGCUUGCAUUGACUUUGCCAUCAGCGCCAAGCCCCUGACACGGUACAUGCCCCAGGACAAGCAGUCGUUCCAGUACAAGACGUGGACGUUUGUCGUGUCUCCGCCCUUUGAGUACUUCAUCAUGGCCAUGAUUGCCCUCAACACGGUGGUGCUGAUGAUGAAGUUCUACAAUGCACCCUAUGAAUACGAGCUGAUGUUGAAAUGCCUGAACAUUGUGUUCACAUCCAUGUUCUCCAUGGAAUGCGUGCUGAAGAUCAUCGCCUUUGGGGUGCUGAACUAUUUCAGAGAUGCCUGGAAUGUCUUUGACUUUGUCACUGUGUUGGGAAGUAUUACUGAUAUUUUAGUAACAGAGAUUGCGGAAACGAACAACUUCAUCAACCUCAGCUUCCUACGCCUCUUCCGUGCUGCCCGGCUCAUCAAGCUGCUCCGCCAAGGCUACACCAUCCGCAUCCUGCUGUGGACCUUCGUCCAGUCCUUCAAGGCCCUGCCUUACGUGUGUCUGCUCAUCGCCAUGCUUUUCUUCAUCUAUGCCAUCAUUGGCAUGCAGGUAUUUGGAAAUAUUGCCCUGGAUGAUGACACCAGCAUCAACCGGCACAACAACUUUCGAACAUUUUUACAAGCCUUGAUGCUGUUGUUCAGGAGUGCCACUGGGGAGGCCUGGCACGAGAUCAUGCUGUCUUGUCUCAGCAACCAGGCCUGUGAUGAGCACGCCAAUGCCAAUGAGUGUGGGAGCGACUUUGCCUACUUUUACUUCGUCUCCUUCAUCUUCCUUUGCUCCUUUCUGAUGUUGAACCUCUUUGUGGCCGUGAUCAUGGACAAUUUUGAGUACCUUACACGGGACUCUUCCAUCUUAGGGCCUCACCAUCUGGACGAGUUCAUCCGGGUCUGGGCUGAGUACGACCCGGCCGCGUGUUGCCGGAUUCAUUAUAAGGAUAUGUACAGUUUGUUGCGUUGUAUUGCGCCACCCGUUGGCUUAGGGAAGAACUGCCCUCGUAGGUUGGCCUACAAGCGCCUGGUUCGCAUGAACAUGCCCAUCUCCAAUGAGGACAUGACUGUCCACUUCACGUCCACGCUGAUGGCCCUCAUUCGGACCGCACUGGAGAUCAAGCUGGCUCCAGCUGGCACAAAGCAGCAUCAGUGUGAUGCAGAGUUGAGGAAGGAGAUUUCCUCCGUGUGGGCCAAUCUGCCCCAGAAGACCCUGGAUUUACUGGUGCCACCUCAUAAACCUGACGAGAUGACAGUGGGGAAAGUCUAUGCAGCUCUGAUGAUAUUUGACUUCUACAAACAGAACAAGACCACCAGAGACCAGAUUCACCAGGCCACUGGAGGCCUAUCCCAGAUGGGCCCUGUGUCCCUCUUCCACCCUCUGAAGGCCACCCUGGAGCAGACACAGCCGGCCGUGCUCCGAGGAGCCCGGGUGUUCCUUCGGCAGAAGAGCUCUGCGUCCCUCAGCAACGGUGGGGCAGUACAAACCCAAGAGAGUGGCAUCAAGGAGUCUGUCUCCUGGGGCACUCAGAGGACCCAGGAGGUACCCUGUGAGGCAAGGACACCCCUGGAGCGUGGCCACUCUACAGAGAUCCCGGCGAUGCAUCCAGGAAAACCGGCUGUUGAUGUCCAGAUGCAGAGCGUGGCCCUGAGAGGUCCUGACGGGGAGCCCCAACCUGGGCUGGAGAGUCAGGGACGAGCGGCCUCCAUGCCCCGCCUGGCUGCAGAGACCCAGCCGGCCCCUGACGCCAGCCCCAUGAAGCGCUCCAUCUCCACGCUGGCGCCCCAGCGCCCCCAUGUGGCUCAUCUCUGCAACGCUGCCCUGGACCGCGCCCCAGCCAGCCAGGCUGUGCCCCACCACCACCACCGCUGCCACCGCCGCAGGGACAGGAAGCAGAAGUCCCUGGAGAAGGGGCCCAGCCUGUCCGCAGACGCAGAUGGCGCACCCAGCAGUGCUGCAGGGCCGGGGCCACCCCCGGGAGAGGGGCCCACAGGCUGCCGGCGGGAGCGUAGGCAGGAGCGUGGCCGGUCCCAAGAGCGGAGGCAGCCCUCUUCCUCCUCCUCGGAGAAGCAGCGCUUCUACUCCUGUGACCGCUUUGGGGGCCGUGAGCCCCUGCAGCCCAAGCCCUCCCUCAGCAGCCACCCCACAUCACCGACAGCCGGGCAGGAGCCAGGACCCCCGAGACAGGGUGGUGGUUCAGUGAAUGGGAGUCCCUUGUUGUCAACAUCAGGUGCUAGCACCCCUGGCCGCGGUGGGCGGAGGCAGCUCCCCCAGACUCCGCUGACCCCCCGUCCCAGUGUCACCUACAAGACGGCCAACUCUUCCCCUGUCCACUUCGCUGGGGCGCAGACCAGCCUCCCCACCUUCUCCCCUGGCCGGCUUAGCCGUGGCCUUUCUGAACACAACGCCCUGCUCCAGAGAGACCCCCUCAGCCAGCCUCUGGCUGCUGGCUCUCGGAUCGGCUCCGACCCUUACCUGGGGCAGCGUCUGGACAGUGAGGACACUGUCCGCGCCCAGCCUGAGGACACGCUCACCUUCGAGGAGGCUGUGGCCACCAACUCGGGGCGCUCCUCCCGGACUUCCUAUGUGUCCUCUCUGACCUCCCAGUCCCACCCCCUCCGUCGCGUGCCCAAUGGCUACCACUGCACUCUGGGACUCAGCUCGGGCGGCCGGGUUCGGCACAGCUACCACCACCCCGACCAAGACCACUGGUGCUAGCUCGCUGCACCGCCUCCACCACACACCUGCUCAGCGGGCGCGUUCCAGUCGAUGAGUUUUAUCAUCCACGCUGGGCUCCCAGGGACGCUCAGGGGCACCAAUGCGGGGGCAGCAGCCCCUGGGAGGAGGGGCCUCGCCUUUGGGGCCAGCUGGGGGGAGGCCCCGCUUCUCCCCCCCCUCCUCUGUGACGCUGGACCAAUUCCUAAAGCCCUUUCGGAGAGGGACGUGGCUCUCUCUAUCCCCUUGUAUGCUGCCUGCCUGGGUCUCAUACCACAGACCCUACACGGGAAGUGGCUGCAUGUGCUGAGUAGGACCCUGCCAGUCUGAAUCCUGUGUGAUGGAUCCCAGCAUCUGGGGUGUGUGCCUAGAGCCAUUUUUAGGAGGUCUGAAUCUUGUGGAGACCAUCCUUUAUUCAAGUGUGUGGUACAGAGGAGCCCAGCAUGUUUAAGAGCCUGGCAAGACAACAGUUGACAGUCAACAGCAGCAGUCUUGGGAGCCUGCUUUUGGCUCCAUGCAAGUCUUGUCCGCGCCCACAAACACACACAUGUGUGGCAUUGCCCUUUGUACCUGGGACAGCAAAUGGACACUAGAAGUACACUCACACACUCUCUGUCCUCUCCCAGAUGCUGUCAUCCCUGACAGGGACCAAAUCUGGAAACCAUUCUUGCUGUUGGUUUUGGUUUUUAAUCACGACACCCUUCCCUCUUUUGUCAGUUCCAUAUACUUGACCUAGAAAAAAAAAGAAAACCAGAAAAAUGGGGAAGGAAAUAGUAAUAUAACUUAAAGAAAAAAAUCCAACCUGUAGGAAGCUCUCAGCUCUUCAGUGUGUGUGUGUGUGUGUGUGUGUGUGUGUGUGUCUUGUGCGAGGCAAUGCUCUUGUGUCCAGCCCGGGUGGUCCCCCAGUGACCCCUGGCUCCUGCUGCUCUUGACCAAGUGCCUGACUUCCGAGCCCUCUCGUGCCAGGCUCCUGGGGGCGGUGACGUGAGGCCUGUGUGGUGGGUUUUGUGGAAACAGUUCCAAAUAUCAACCAAGUAGAAAGCUGCUGUCAAUGGAGAACACUCAUAUAACAUCCAGGAGGAGGUUAUAGGUGGAAAUGAAGUGACCAUUUCCCCGUUUUCCUCCCACCAGCAUGAGAGUUUCCUGGGAAGCCACAGAGCAGGGUAGAGCGUGUCCUUGUAUGGGGGGUUUUCAGUCUGUUCUACAUCUGAAUCUCAGGGAUGGGAUGCCUGCCAAAGGGGGCAUGAUGUCUGUUGUCGUGAAAGUUUCUUUUCAGAUAAGGCCAGAGGGAGGGAGAGGUGGUGGGAAGAGGGAGAGGUGGGAGCCGUGGAGUUGGAGCUGUCGGGGCAGGAGUGAGGGCCUGUGUUUGAGCAGAUGUGGGCACUUGGGAUGUCCUGACUGAAAUGAGGCCCAAACUCGGAGGAAGCGGUUGGUGAAGGAGAACCUUGGCUACUGCGGCUCAGAUGGGAGUUUCUGAAGCCCAGCACUGUGUGUGGCACGAGACAUGGGAAAGCGGGAAACAAAAGAGAGAUCCAACCUCAUGGCCAUUCUCAAAAGGGAAAGACCAUAGUUAGGAGGCUGUGCAUAAAACACUGGGACACCUUUUGUUUUGUGAACAAAGGGAACGUUUAGAUGAUGUGAUUCUGGUGCAUCCUCCCUGUUUGGAAAUGUCAGAUGAUCUCUUUGCUGGAUCAUUUGAGUGUUCCCAUUGGCUUUUACCCCAUGACUCACCUUGAAGAAACUUGGCCUGUGAUGUGUGUGUGCGUGUCUGUGUGUGGAGGUGUGUCCUAGUGAGUGGAUGUCGUUAACCCAUAGGGCUAUGCAACAAAAGACACACAUUUAAUAGAAAUAAAUCAUGUAAGACCGCCACCUGUUCUAGGGUUUCAGCAUGAUUGUGACCAAACCAUUUUAUAGAAUUUCCUUACUGGAAGGCACAACACUCUGAAACUUUAAGAUUACAGAGUAUUUUACUGCAAUAGGAAAUAAUAAACUGGAAUGGAAUCUCAGACUGUGCAUGAGAUCGCUGUGCUCCUGUUGCAAAGCAGAAGGACCUGUAUUUUGAUACUGAUGUUUCAUCUCUGGCCCAUGUUAUUUUGAAUGUAUCCAUUCUGUGCAGAACCACAGCUACUUUCCUGGCCAUGUUGGGUGGAGAAUCACUGUUCUAGCCCCACACAGCCUCACCACUUUGUCUGGAUUCUUCUAGACACUGGAAUUGGUGAAAACUACAGGGAGUGGGGGAGGAGAUACUGUGUCCUGUUUUCCUGAAUUUGGGUUUUGUUUCUGUAUCGUCUCUUUUCAGCUAUCCUAUGUUUCCACUGAGAUCUCAUAGUGAGUUGCCAAAUUUGAAAUGCAUUAACCAGUUGUCUGCAUCUGGACCAGUCAAGCAGUGGCUGUAGUUUGAAUAAGUUAUGUGUGCAUGUAAAAUAUAUACAUAUAUACAUAUAUACAAGUAUGUGCAUGAAAAUGUAUAUCUUCGUACUUUUUGAUACAAUGUAUUCAUUUGUUAAUUUUUAAUUAUAUUUGAUAUAAAUCAAAGGUUUGUUGCAAAACUUUAUAUUUAAGAACAGUGUUAAAAAAAUACCCAAAAAGAAGUCCCAACCAUGCAACACAACUGGGGCCUGCUUUAAAACAAUCCUGUGAUUGAUGAGUUUGCUGCCUGAGUAAUAUUGAUCACCCAGACUUUGGAUUCUGCUAUUGUUUCUACAAUGACAUUUUGUAUGAAUCAAAGUCCUUGGAUUAAAAUAAAACUUAGCAAAAAAUCAAAAAUAAA